CAGCACAGUCACCGCCUGGCGGGAACGUUUCUUUUCAACAUAAACAAGAAGAUGGAGGGGUCUUCGAGUGAGAUAAUAUCCAGCACGACUGAUAAAAUAAAUUUAACUGAAGUCGAGGCUGUUGUCCAGUCAUGGAUGAUCGAUUAUUACUUCUCGUCACUGUGUCGGCUCUUCAGAGACAGAUCUGCGCCGGAGUUUCGUAAAACUUUGAAACUCUUUGAAAGUAUCGUGGAUGAUCUCGAGGAGGGUUCCCACAGGUCAGAUCACCCCACUCAGAGAACGAUCUGCUGCUUCCUCGCCAGAGUGAUGGACGGGGAAAACCUGGAAGUCCGUUAUGAUCAUGUUUCUCAAAUCACUCCCUUGAUGUCAGCGUUGCCGAUUUGGGAGUCGUUAGCGGAAGUAUCUGAUUCAGACUUGCACGCUAAGAUCAAGACGCUACUGAUUGUUCAGUCUGUCGCUGUGUGUGUGAAGAAAGGACAUUCAAAGUUGGCAAAUGAAACCCUGCAGUGGCUGGAAAAAGAGACUGAGUUACCAGCGAAACUACAAGGAAAGCUGACCGGCAUUGUGAGUAAGAAGGAUGCAUACGAUCAGCUCCUGAUGAGCUUCACUUUGGAGCAGCUGUUGGAGAACAUUGAUACAUUCCUCAAUGCAUUCAGCCAGGAUCGUUCCUCCGUUUUCUUAUUCGAAGCAGCAUUAAAAGUGGUUCAAGCCCGUCAUGAGAGAUCAGAGAAAACCUCAUCCGAACAGGAUGGAAGUGAAAGGACUCCAUCCAGCACAGAGUCAAACAAACCAGAAGAAAAUGAGACACAGGUGGAUCCACUGGUGCUGAAUAUCAGACCCAAGAGGAAACUUUUUUCAAAGCAAGUUCAUCAAGUAUGGAAACCUGAAACUGCCAAAAAAGAGCAAACCACGCGCAAGAGAACCUCCGUUUACAAAGUUUCCAGGAGAAGUAGUAUCUGUUCAGAUUUACAAAGCAAUGUUAGUGUGACAAGCCAGCCCAGAAGGAAAUGGACCACAGAAGAAGACCGGAAGCUGAAAGCAGGUGUGAAGAAGUAUGGAGAGGGCAAAUGGAGAAUGAUCCUGGAUGACUUUGAGUUUGACAACCGCACCGGUGUUAAUCUCAAGGACCGAUGGAGAAUCCUGAAGAAAACCGAAUGCUAUUGAGCUGCAGGCGGCUUUUGCUUUUAGUAUUUAAAGAGCUUUAGAAAGUGCCGGUUUUCAGGCACUUUUUUGAAAGUGUUUUCAGUUCGGUUUACGUAAUUGAUUUACACAUCUAUAGUGUUCAGUGAAUAAUUCCAUUGUUAUGCUUGUAAUUUCACAAAAUAUGUUUAGAAAUCAGGAGCACCGUUUUGUAAAUUAAAAGUAAAAACUUAUUUAGCAGAAGUACGACUUCUGGAAAAACAGCUUUAAAGCUUUCUGUUUUUUGUUUGUUUGAACCGUAAGAUCAAAAUCUGUCCAGUAGAGGAUGCAGGUGAGGCAAAUCUGAGCUUUUUUUAUUUUAUUAUUAUUCUUUUCUUUUCUUUUUUUGCCUUUUUAAAUCUGUUCCUAGACAUUUUCACAGGAAAAAGGAGUUUGAGACAAUACAACUGUAAAAACUUAAGACAUUUUAAUAAAUGUAUGUUAUGUGAAAGUGUGA